AUGGCACCCAAGAAGCCUGCUGCGACGGCCGAAGUUGCCCUCACCCCCCUCAAGAACUGUCUUGUUAAUCUACCGCCGUCGCUGGUCGCUCUGCUGGUCAAUGCAAACACGACUGCUCAGAAUGUCAUUAUCGAAUUACAAUAUAAAUCGACCUCCGGAAAGGCCAAUGGAGUUCCUCCGCAGCAGUCAUGCUUCCUCGGUUGGACGGGUAUGCCGAGCAAGCGUAGGCUUGCGCCUGUCGUUGGCAGAAACGGUAUCAACAGUGGAUAUUCCAGGGAGCAGGACAUAUCAACCAUUGAGCUUGACACUACUUUCGGACGACUUCUUGGUCUCACAGAAGGGCAGAAGGUCGGAUUGUUCAUCCACCUCGAUCCACCCGUUGCACAUACGAUAAACAUUGAGCCAUUGACACCAGAAGACUGGGAGAUCAUUGAACUCCACGCCACAUUCUUGGAACUUAACCUCUUAUCACAAAUUCGCGCUCUACCCAAUCCUACAUACAAUGCAGGGCAAUCGGUGCAUAUGCACCCACUCGCAUUACAUCUCUCUCCCACAUCUACCGCCAAUAUUGUCGUUACUUCUCUUACGCCCGCUCCCUCAGACACCUCCCCUUUCGCCAAGAUCGCGCCGGAUGCAGAAGUCAUAGUGGCCCCCAAAGUUCGAUCCAAGACAACCAAAAGCUCUCGGGCAGAUAGCCGCAGUGCUACUGGUAGCAGCAGGAAGAGUGCUGGGGGCAGGAGUGCUUCAAGCACUGUACGCCCAAAGAGUGGUCGAUCCGACUCCAGCACACGAGGCUCUCUUUACUUGAGAGGCGUGGACCGCUCAGCGACCGCUCAAUACUUUGAUGGGGAAGUAGAAGAUGAUGCAAAUGAGGGCCUCCGUAUUUGGGUUGAUCCGGACCUGCUGGUCAGCCAUGAGCUGCGUGGGGCGACUUGGGCAUGCGUGUCGGUUGUCCAGCCAUCCGGUCUCAAAUCCCCACCAGAUCCCCAACAACAACUUGCUCAAGCCGAACAGCAAAAGUCCAAUGAUGCCGGCGCCCCUACAACCAAGAUCGUAGCUAAAUUGUUUCCGUGGGAGGAGGCUCCGGACAAUCGGCAUGUGGCAAUGUCCACCUUGUUGUGCACGGCCCUUGGUGCGGAGAGCAUGGUUGGAGGGAUUCUCCGAGUCGAAGCAGCACCCCCACAGCUGCAUCGCUCGGCAGUCAAGACUCUCAAAGUUUAUCCUUUCAUAACCGAUGCUUCAAAGAAGAAGGACGGGCUGAAGUUCGGUGCUGACACCACGGCAUCUCGGGAUGCCCUAGCCGAGCGUCUUAAAGUCAUCUACGGCAGCACUGGGUCCGACACCGGGCUGUUUUCGGGGGCUUUGACAGAUGGAAUGAUUAUACCCAAAUCCGAGAAUCAUCCUUCGGUCUCUUCGUUUGAUGGUGCUAUUCUUCGCUUUGAUCCUCCUUUGAAGGGGUCUUCGGAUGAAACAAAGUCAAUGUUCGGGUGGUUGCUGGGCUCAGAAGCGAAGCUGAACGUUGAAGUCCAAGCUGAAAUCUCCAAACCAUUUGACACUAGUUCAUCAACGCUACCUAUGGAGGACCCUCUCCCAGAAGCUGCUCCUCAAUUGGUAGGGAUUGAUUCUAUCAUUGAACAGUCAUUGAACAACCUAACAAAAUCCUCGUCUAUCUUGCUUACCGGCGGUCUUGGUGCUGGUAAAACAGCCCUUACCCAUCUACUGGCCCAUCGCUUAAGACGUGAUCAUCUCUUCAAUGUGAAGUAUUUCUCCUGCCGCAAGCUUGUCACAGAUGAAACACGUAUUUCCAACAUCAAAGAGACACUGAAUCGCCUCUUCAUGUCCGCGUCAUGGUGUGCACGUCUUGGCGGUCAGUCAGUUGUGAUCCUUGAAGAUCUAGACAAGCUUUGCCCAGCGGAGACUGAAUUGCAAGUGGGUGGAGACAAUGGCCGCAGUCGCCAGAACAGCGAGGUUAUCUGCUCUAUGGUUCGAGAGUAUUGCGCUCUGAAUUCCUCGGUUGUGCUACUGGCUACUGCCCAGGCCAAAGAGUCUCUCAACAAUGUUAUCAUCGGCGGCCACGUCGUCCGUGAGAUUAUCAACAUGAGAGCUCCUGAUAAGGAAGGACGACGAAGAGUUUUGGAAAAACUUACUAGCGACGAUAAACCUACAGAAAGCUCAAACGGGCAUGUGAGGGCUGCAAGCUCCUCAACACAAGACUCAUGGUUGGACCCUUCAAAUCCGGGGAGCCGACCAAGCUCUUCUGGGGGUGAUGGGUUUGUUAUUGGAAGGGAUGUCGAGUAUCUAGAGCUGGCCGGUAAAACCGAUGGGUAUAUGCCCGGUGAUCUUGUGCUACUUGUUGCUCGUGCGCGUAAUGAGGCCCUCAUUCGCUCUGUCUCGGAUCUCACAUCAACAUCAAAGAUGAUAACUCUUGGAUUAGAGGACUUUGAAAGUGCCUUGAAGGACUUUACUCCGGCAUCUCUUCGCAACGUUACUCUUACCUCGUCAACAACAACAUUUUCCUCUGUUGGUGGUUUGUUCGAAACUCGCAAGAUGCUGUUGGAAACUUUGCAGUAUCCUACAAAGUAUGCCCCGAUCUUCGCACAGUGCCCAUUGCGACUGCGGUCCGGUUUACUCCUAUAUGGAUUCCCUGGUUGCGGUAAGACAAUGUUGGCCAGCGCAGUGGCUGGCGAGUGUGGUUUGAACUUCAUCAGUGUCAAGGGUCCCGAGAUUUUGAACAAAUACAUCGGAGCCAGUGAAAAGAGUGUGCGCGAUUUGUUCGAGCGAGCCCAAGCCGCUCGCCCUUGCGUCCUCUUCUUCGAUGAGUUCGACAGUAUCGCACCCAAGCGUGGCCACGACUCCACCGGUGUCACGGAUCGUGUUGUCAACCAGCUGUUGACACAAAUGGACGGCGCGGAAGGUCUCUCGGGCGUUUACGUGCUAGCAGCAACGUCACGACCUGACUUGAUUGAUCCUGCGCUCCUUCGACCUGGCCGUCUCGACAAGUCCCUGCUUUGCGGUAUGCCCAACCAUGCAGACCGUGUUGAUAUCAUCCGCUCAGUGAGUGAAAAGCUCAAGAUGAGUGACGAGGUCACGUCUCGUCUAGGUGAUAUCGCCGCCGAGACCGACGGAUUCUCCGGUGCAGACCUGCAGGCUGUCGUAUACAACGCCCAUCUCGAGGCCGUCCAUGACGCCCUGGGUGAUCGUUCUACCGACACAGCCAAGCCCAGUGCCAAAUCCAACUCCGCUAGUGCUUCUAGCAAAUCCUUCAUCCAGUUCCUCUACUCUUCUUCAGAGGAAGCAUCCGGGUCUGUCUCCAUGCCAGCUCCGGCAGUGAUUUCAGCCAAACUGGAAGCAAUCAAGAACUCGCGCCGCCGCCAGCGCCAACUCGAGCAGGGACCUUCCGGUACGAACGCCGUGGCCCCGGUGGCUAACGGCACUGAACCUGAUGCAGACGAGCUGCGUGAGGAUAUCAUUGUCCGCUGGGAGCAUGUCGAGCGCUCAUUGGCUACCACGCGUGGUUCUCUUCCUCCCGCAGAGCGUAGACGUCUUCAGGGAAUUUACCGUGAGUUUGUCGCGGGCCGAAAUGGUGAGAUGCCUAACGGUGAGGCUGCCAACGAGAUUGGAGGCCGAACAAGUCUGAUGUGA